AUCAUAAAUUUAUUUAUGCUUUGAAUAAAUGAUUCCUAAAUUCAAUGAAUAAACCCAGAUGAGGAGGUCAGUGGAAGCAAAUUCUCUUCUGCCUCUUUCGUGCCCUAGAACUCGUCUGCACAGAGGAAGCACUCUAUAGAUCUGUUUACACCACGACUGUGGCAGCCACUCAGUUAGGAGAGGUAUCCUGAGAGUUUGCGAAGAGAGGCUGACUCAGGAUCGCACUGUGGCCGCUCACUUUUGCCUUCUCCUUCCCCCAGCUGGGUGAGAGAUGGGCGACUGGAGUUUCCUGGGGAACAUCUUGGAGGAAGUGAACGAGCACUCCACGGUCAUCGGCCGAGUGUGGCUCACAGUGCUCUUCAUCUUCCGCAUCCUCAUCCUUGGCACGGCCGCGGAGUUCGUGUGGGGGGACGAGCAGUCCGACUUCGUGUGCAACACCCAGCAGCCCGGUUGCGAGAACGUCUGCUACGACGAGGCCUUCCCCAUCUCCCACAUCCGCCUCUGGGUCCUGCAGAUCAUCUUCGUCUCCACUCCGUCGCUGGUGUACGUGGGGCACGCGGUGCACCACGUCCGCAUGGAGGAGAAGCGCAAGGAGCGCGAGGCAGAGGAGCUGGGCCAGCAGGGCGACGGCGGCGAGAGGGCGCCCCUCGCGGCCGACCAGGGCAGCAACAAGAAGAGCGGCGGCAGCGGCAAAGGCGCCAAGAAGUUCCGGCUGGAGGGGACCCUGCUGAGGACCUACAUCUGCCACAUCAUCUUCAAGACCCUCUUUGAGGUGGGCUUCGUCGUGGGCCACUACUUCCUGUACGGUUUCCGGAUCCUGCCUCUCUAUCGCUGCAGCCGCUGGCCCUGCCCCAACGUGGUGGACUGCUUCGUGUCACGGCCCACGGAGAAAACCAUCUUCAUCCUGUUCAUGCUGUCUGUGGCCUCGGUGUCCCUCUUCCUCAACAUUCUGGAGAUGAGUCACCUGGGCCUGAAGAGAAUCCGGUCGGCCUUGAAGAAGCCCGCGGAGCAGCCACUGGGGGAGGUUCCCGAGAAAUCCCUCCACUCCAUCGCGGUCUCCUCCAUCCAGAAGGCCAAGGGCUACCAGCUCCUGGAAGAAGAGAAAAUCGUGUCCCACUAUUUCCCUUUGACUGAGGUCGGGAUAGUGGAGACCAGCCCACUUUCUGCCAAGCCCUUCAGUCAGUUCGAGGAGAAGAUGGGCACAGGACCCCUCGGGGACCUGUCCAGGGCCUACCAAGAGACCCUGCCUUCCUACGCUCAGGUGGGAGCUCAGGAGGGAGCUCAGGAGGGGGAGGGGGAGGAGCAGCCGGUGGAGGAGGGGGCAGAACCAGAGGUGGGAGAGAAGAGGCAGGAGGAGGAAAGAGUGAGCACGGAAGGGCAGGAGGUGGUGGCUGUGCUGGAGGCCGAGAAAGCGGAGACCCCCGAGGUGGGGGAGGAGGAGGUUGAGCCAGAAGAGCUGCAGCCCGAGGAGAUAACAAAGCAAGAGGUGCCGGCUGAGAAGGCGCCUUCGCUGUGUCCUGAGCUGCCGGGGGAUGACUCCAGACCCCUGAGCAGGCUGAGCAAAGCCAGCAGCCGGGCCAGGUCAGAUGAUCUAACCGUAUGAAGCGGUGCCCGAGAAAGAAAGAGAAGAAAACACCUGAGCUAACAAAGGGCAAGAUGAAACCUAAAGAUGCCAACAUGAUUCGAAUCAUCUAUCCCCACCCCCCUCACUCCCACUCCGGUUGAACGGGCACUGCAGUAGAAAGCACAUGCUGUACAGCCAGGAAACUGCCUUUCUCCUGCAUAAAGGCUACCCAGAUAAACCCAUUGUCCCAUCAAAGCCUCCAGUCUCAUGACUGCCGUGACCCUCUACACCAACAGCUGUGGGGAAUUCUGCUUUCAUGCCCAUUUCUCUAUAGAAAUCUUCCAAUCAGAAUUGUGGUUGCCUCAUAGCUUUUUAACCAGUCUUGUCUCAGACUCACAAACUCAGCCAAAACAUUAACACCCCAGCCCUGCCCUCGCAGAUACCAUGUGACCCUGUAUCCAGGGUCCCAAACUUAACUGGCUGCAGGAUGCAGGCAGGUGGUUGAAAUUGGUGAAGUGGGCCUGUUCUAAUGCCUUGGGAGAGCUAGGGCUGUGAAAUUGGGGGGAAAGAGGGCAGCUGCUAAUCACUUCCAGGCAACGGUGACCAGACAGUGUUACCUGGCCAUCCGAUUUUGAAACAAAAGCCAGAAACCUAAACGUUUAAGUGAAAUUUCCCCCAUUGUUAAUGAUGCCAACUAAAUUUUAAAUAUGUCGGGGGUGGGGGACAAAGAAAAUGUGUGCAAUCCAAAUUUAACCUAUGGGGUACCAAUUUGUGAGGUCAGCUUACACUCUUGAGCCCAGCUUUCCUAUAGAAUUGGUCCCAUUAUGUAUGGUCUCAACUCGUUCCUGUGACUUCCAAACCUCAUUUCACCAUUUUGGAAUGUUUGGUUUAAAUCGUCAGUCCAGAAGAUGUUCAGAGUUCUCACCGCCCUUUCUUUGGGGUCACUGUAGCCCCUGGGUUCUGAUGUAAUUACAUUCCUUGUAUGGUAGAAAUUCUGCUCUAGGCACCAUCAGAAAAAGAGAGUAAGACCCCAUACCCUCUCCCUGACUGAAAAGGCUUAGAGGCCUGAUUGCAAUUUUCUUCCCUGAAGCAAAGAAGGCCCUUUUUUUCCUCUCCUCUCUCAACGUCAGCCCUCAGCCUGAAACCCACACCUCCUUUCAUCAGGCACUGGGAGCAGCUCUGUUGAGCAGGAGGAUACCCGCCUUCUGGUCUGUUUUGAGGAGAACAAGCUCUCAGGCCUUGCUCAGGCUCAAGACAUGCACAAAAAGGACCAUAGAGUGGUACUAGGACGGGCCUCUUACAAACUGGGAAUCCAGACAGCCAGGGUCCCACCGAGUCCCAGAUCAGAUUUCAUCCCUGGAAGGGAUGUAGAGGCUGAAGGGAACAAGAGGGAUCUCAAAGAUCUACCUUUUAUUCUCCCAACCGACACUCUUCAGACUUGGAGUCCAGUUAGGGGAAAUCCUCAGGUAUAAGUACAUAUUUCACACAGGGAGCAGUUUUACCUAGAGCCAAUCAAUUUCCAAAGCAGAAAGAGAAACUGAUAACCAAGAAGGUUCAUCUAAACCAAAGCUAUGCAUCAUGGGCUGCAGUGGCAAGGCUGAGAUCGGAGGAAUAGAAACCAAGUUG